UCCCUCCUCGGGCGGCUGCGGUGGGCACACCCGGGGGCGGCGGCCACCGCGGCCAGGUUAGCGUGGGGGAAGGGGCGAGCGCCCGAGUAGCCCAUCUGCAGCCAGUGAGCACAAGCCGGCCCAUCUCCCACCAUGUCCGACGAGGCGUCGGCCACCACUUCCUAUGAGAAGUUUUUAACCCCAGAGGAGCCCUUCCCUCUCCUAGGAGCCCCUCGCGGAGUGGGCACCUGCCCCAGCGAGGAACCUGGCUGCCUGGACAUCAGCGACUUCGGCUGCCAGCUCUCCUCCUGCCAUCGCACGGAUCCACUCCACCGGUUUCACACCAACAGGUGGAACCUCACUUCGUGUGGUACAAGUGUUGCAAGCUCAGAAUGUAGUGAGGAGCUGUUCUCAUCCGUUUCUGUUGGAGAUCAAGAUGAUUGCUAUUCCCUGUUAGAUGAUCAAGACUUCACUUCUUUUGACUUGUUCCCUGAGGGAAGUGUCUGCAGUGAUGUCUCCUCUUCUAUCAGCACGUACUGGGAUUGGUCGGAUAGUGAAUUUGAGUGGCAGUUACCAGGCAGUGACAUUGCCAGUGGAAGCGAUGUACUUUCUGAUGUCAUACCCAGUAUUCCAAGUUCACCUUGCCUGGUUUCUAAAAAGAAAAACAAGCACCGGAAUCUAGAUGAGCUUGCUUGGAGUGCAAUGACAAAUGAUGAGCAGGUGGAAUAUAUUGAGUAUCUGAGCCGUAAAGUCAGUACUGAGAUGGGCCUUCGGGAGCAACUGGACAUUAUUAAAAUCAUUGAUCCUUCUGCUCAGAUCUCCCCUACAGACAGUGAGUUUAUUAUUGAACUUAACUGUCUCACAGAUGAAAAACUGAAGCAGGUCAGAAACUAUAUCAAGGAGCAUAGCCUUCGUCAGCGGCCUACAAGGGAGGCCUGGAAGAGAAGCAACUUUAGCUGUGCAAGCACCAGUGGAGUGAGCGGUACCAGCGCCAGUGCCAGCAGCAGCAGUGCCAGCAUGGUCAGUUCUGCAAGUAGCAGUGGGUCCAGUGUUGGAAAUUCUGCUUCAAACUCCAGUGCCAACAUGAGUCGAGCACACAGUGACAGCAACCUAUCUGCAAGUGCAGCAGAGCGGAUUCGGGAUUCAAAAAAGCGAUCCAAGCAGCGAAAACUACAGCAGAAGGCCUUCCGCAAGAGGCAGCUGAAGGAGCAGAGGCAGGCGCGGAAGGAGAGGCUCAGUGGGCUCUUCCUUAAUGAAGAGGUGCUCUCCUUGAAAGUGACUGAGGAAGACCAUGAAGCAGAUGUUGAUGUUCUGAUGUAAUAGGGUGAAUCAAUCAGUGUUCUUUCGAAGCAUUAUUCUCUCUUCAUUAGUUUACAUACGUCUUGACCAAAAUUUUGGUUAGGGUUGUGCCGAUGUACCAUUAAUGAUUUAGGCCAGUGGUUCUCAGAAAGUAGCCCCUGCAUCUGCAGCUUUCAGUAUCACCCUAAAAGACCUUAGAAUUGUGUUUGGGCCCCAUUCCAGACCCACAGGCAGUGUGGAUUUGGAGCAGCACUGUGUUUUAACUAAUGCCAGAUUAUUCUCAUGUACAUUCUCAUUUAAGAACCACUGGUAAAUGUCUUAGCUACUUUAACUUUAUGGUGAUUAAGUAGGCUUUUCAAAGACUACUGCAUUUAUAGUUUGGGAAAUUUCAAAGUACUAAUGACAAGUAGUUUAUUUUGUCAGUAUAUAUUUAGGGUCCGUAAUUCAGUUCUCUUCUUAAUGAUAAGAUUCUUUUAGUUUACUUUUUGAAAAGGGCCAUAGUAUAAUUCUUAGUUCCUAGGGGCAAAUUUUUUUUGAGGUGAGGGUGCACAUAAGGUAUGCAUUGCUGUUUACAAUAGUGCCUUCAUUAGGUUUAGUUAGUUUUUCAUUAAUUAUUAAUGCAAAGGUAUAAAGAAGGGCCCUAAUCUUUUCCAAUUAGAUGUGGGUUUGUUUUUUUUUCUCUACUUUAUGUCAAGUGAGAAUCAUUUUCACAAGUGAUAACUACUGAGAAAAUAAUGCUACAUUAGUGAAAUUUUAAACUCAACGCUGUGUUGAUUAAGUUUCAAGUGGAGAAUCCAGUUAGGCAAUGAUACCAAUCAAAGUUUCCCAUUGUAUCCUUAAAUUUUAGGCUCUCAUGUAAUCUCCAAACAAGAACAUUUAUCUAUCAAAUUUUUUUAAAUGUAUAUCUCCAAUUUUACAUGUCUGACAUAUGGACAGGUUGAUGUUUCAAAUAAACUGACCGCUUGGAGUUCAACAAACUUUAAGAGACUGCUGUGGUAUACAAAGCAGUAUGCUGUAAAAAAUAAAAAUAAAAAACACCUUUGUUGGUGCCUAGUAGGA